UCUUCAUCAGGCUACAUUUCCAAUCACCUAAACAACUGAGCAAGACAAGCUACUCCGACAAGGUUGGCUGCCCGACGGGUCGGUGAGGGUGCGAGGUAGAUGGUGAGCAACCCCGGCAGCUGAGGGCAGGCCGAGUCCACAGACGAAACAGAGCUUGAAGGACUGAGCGGUGGGAGCCCCGCAUUGCGCCAGGCCCCCUGGAUCCGUCGGGGCGCCUCCACACGGCUGUUAGCAUGAUGUCUUACCUCAAACAACCCCCAUAUGGCAUGAACGGGCUGGGCCUGGCCGGGCCUGCCAUGGACCUCCUGCAUCCCUCCGUGGGCUAUCCUGCCACCCCGCGGAAGCAGAGGCGGGAGCGCACCACCUUCACGCGCUCGCAGCUGGACGUGCUCGAGGCGCUCUUUGCCAAGACUCGCUACCCUGACAUUUUCAUGCGCGAGGAGGUGGCGCUCAAGAUCAACCUGCCGGAGUCCAGAGUCCAGGUCUGGUUCAAGAACCGUCGUGCCAAAUGCCGUCAGCAGCAGCAGAGCGGGAACGGGACCAAGAGUCGCCCAGCCAAGAAGAAGUCGUCCCCGGUGCGGGAGAGCUCCGGUUCGGAAAGCAGCGGCCAGUUCACACCGCCUACUGUGUCCAGCUCCGCCUCGUCCUCCAGCUCGGCUUCUAGCGCUUCCGCCAACCCAGCGGCUGCAGCGGCUGCAGGCCUGGGCGGGAAUCCGGCAGUGGCGGUGCCGUCGUCGUUGAGUACGCCCGCUGCCUCAUCCAUCUGGAGUCCUGCCUCCAUCUCUCCCGGCUCAGCCCCUGCGUCUGUGUCGGUGCCUGAGCCACUGGCCGCGCCUAGUAACGCAUCGUGCAUGCAGCGCUCAGUAGCCACAGGCCCGGCCUCGGCCGCAGCCUCUUACCCCAUGUCCUACGGCCAGGGCGGCAGCUACGGCCAGGGCUACCCCACGCCCUCGUCUUCCUACUUCGGCGGAGUGGACUGCAGCUCCUAUCUAGCGCCCAUGCACUCGCACCACCACCCACACCAGCUCAGCCCGAUGGCACCCUCCUCCAUGGCGGGCCACCAUCACCACCAUCCCCACGCGCACCACCCACUGAGCCAGUCCUCAGGCCACCACCACCACCACCACCAUCACCACCACCAAGGCUAUGGCAGCUCGGGGCUCGCCUUCAACUCUGCCGACUGCUUGGAUUACAAGGAGCCUGGCGCCGCCGCCGCUUCCUCGGCUUGGAAACUCAACUUCAAUUCUCCCGACUGUCUGGACUAUAAAGACCAAGCCUCUUGGCGGUUCCAGGUAUUGUGAGCCCAGGAGAGGGAGAGGAAGAGAAAUGAAACUACCUACGCCCUCCUUGGUUCCCGUCCUGUUGCUGCUGCACCUCCCGCCUUUGCCUCAGCUUCUGUAGACAUGAUUUUCAUGCCCCCAAACGAUUCCCGUUGCCUGCACUGCCGCUCUCAUCUUUGUGCCAUUUGCCUGGCGGGGGGGUAGGGGGUGCAAACCCGCCCACCCUUCGGAUGAGCGGACUGGUGCUUUGGCCUGGCCCACAAGUUCUAUACGGGAGAGCUGUGCCUCUCCCUUUCAGCCCCUGACGAACUUCUAAGUCACCCCUUUCCAGUCAUUCUGGACAAUUAGUAUGCACUUGCAGCCUUCGGAGUUCUUCGCUCUGACUGGCUGAUGCAGCCCUACACUUUUAUUUAUUCUUUCUGGACUCUGGAGUCACUAACUGGCAUGUGUCUGACCACUGGAGUGCACCCACAAUGCUCCCAACCACCCUCCAAAUGUUCCUCCCGUGCGGGCUGCCAUCCCUUCCUCUGCCCGAGCCCCGCUUCCCGCCUGCAGGCCAGAGCUUCCCGGCUUCUCCUCCUCCCCAGCAGGACGCGCAGGGGCCGGGCCGCAGGGAGGGGCGCCCCCCAGCUUCUCACGCUCAGCCCCGCCCUGCGCAGAACUGGCUCAAGCUUCCGCCUGUGUGGGAAUGCUGUACAUAGUGGGGUCCGUCCCAGCGACCACUUACACUUUUUAGUUGCCGUUGGUUGAAUGGAGCAUAUCUCUUUUUAGUGCCCAGGAAACAGAACUUUAAGAUAUAUACAUAUAUAUACACACACAUAUAUAUAGAAAACAAAAGCAAAAAUAUAUCCCUCAGUUCCCCUGCGUCUCUUCCCUAAACGAUGGCGCUUUUAUUUUUUCAGUUGUUGCAAAGCUGCCCUGCCCUCACACUUGUUUCCUAUGUGUAUUUAUUAAAGAGAACCAUUUGGUUCCAGGAAGCCGGGCGCAGAGGGUCGGGGAGUGUGGAGGAAGCAGCGGGUCAGGCUGCAGGGAAGGGGGCUUAGGCUGGGAUGGGGCGCAGGGCUGAGUCCACCGGGUCUAAGUACAGGGUCGCAGUCCCGGUUUAGAGACCAAAAACGAAAGAAAAAAAAUAAAAAUGCAGCAUUAUGGAAAAAUAAACCCAGGCCCCAAAACCCAGUUCCCAUUCCCUGUCAGCUUCUUUCUCUUUAAGCACCGCCC